AUGGACUUGUUUGUCAAGCCUCUCCACAAAGUUAGUCCUUCUCAACAAGAGUCUUCAGACGGCAUCAAGAACCUUCAGACACCAACAAGGGCCUUCAGACACCAACAAGAACCUUCAGACACCAACAAGAGCCUUCAGACACCAACAAGAACCUUCAGACACCAACAAGAGCCUUCAGACACCAACAAGGGCCUUCAGACACCAACAAGAACCUUCAGACACCAACAAGAGUCUUCAGACACCAACAAGGGCCUUCAGACACCAACAAGAACCUUCAGACACCAACAAGAGCCUUCAGACACCAACAAGAACCUUCAGACACCAACAAGAGCCUUCAGACACCAACAAGGGCCUUCAGACACCAACAAGAGCCUUCAGACACCAACAAGAACCUUCAGACACCAACAAGAGCCUUCAGACACCAACAAGGGCCUUCAGACACCAACAAGAACCUUCAGACACCAACAAGAGCCUUCAGACACCAACAAGGGCCUUCAGACACCAACAAGACCCUUCAGACACCAACAAGAGUCUUCAGACACCAACAAGAACCUUCAGACACCAACAAGAACCUUCAGACACCAACAAGAACCUUCAGACGCCAACAAGAACCUUCAGACGCCAACAAGAGUCUUCAGACACCAACAAGACCCUUCAGACACCAACAAGAGUCUUCAGACACCAACAAGAACCUUCAGACACCAACAAGAACCUUCAGACACCAACAAGAACCUUCAGACGCCAACAAGAGUCUUCAGACACCAACAAGAACCUUCAGACACCAACAAGAACCUUCAGACACCAACAAGAACCUUCAGACACCAACAAGAACCUUCAGACACCAACAAGAGUCUUCAGACACCAACAAGAACCUUCAGACACCAACAAGAACCUUCAGACGCCAACAAGAGCCUUCAGACACCAACAAGAGUCUUCAGACACCAACAAGAGUCUUCAGACACCAACAAGAGUCUUCAGACGCCAACAAGAGCCUUCAGACACCAACAAGAACCUUCAGACACCAACGAGAACCUUCAGACGCCAACAAGGGCCUUCAGACACCAACAAGAGCCUUCAGACACCAACAAGAGUCUUCAGACGCCAACAAGAGCCUUCAGACACCAACAAGAGCCUUCAGACACCAACAAGAGUCUUCAGACACCAACAAGAACCUUCAGACACCAACAAGAGUCUUCAGACGCCAACAAGAGCCUUCAGACACCAACAAGAGCCUUCAGACACCAACAAGAACCUUCAAUCUUCAGCUUGUCGGUGAAUGGAAGAAGCCUAACAAGAGGUUGUCUCAUGAUAGUAAACAAGGCCACGAACAAAGCUUCGGGACGCGUGGGCUAA